AUGUUUCUGCUACGCUUGAACUACUUCUAUGGACGCUUCAUUGGAGUUAUCAACUUUGAGAUCGACAUGGAGACGGGUAAAGCGUGGAUAAGCAGAAAGGCGACGAUCUAUGCUGCGAUAGUUAAUACGUUGAUCUUUGGCAUGGUGCCGCUUCUGAUAACCAGUCAGAUUUGGAAGGUGUUCUUGGUGCAAGCGAAUCGCCUUCAUGAGUACGUGUUCCUUGUGAUGAUGUGCAUGCGCAUCAGCUGUGUGUUUGUGACUAUAUUGAGCCGCUGGUGGCAGCGCCAGCGAAUCGUGGAUUUGGUAUGCAGCUAUCAUCGUUUGUCCGUAAGGCAACCGCAGUUGAUGCGAUUGACGCGAAAUGGCGUCAUCCUCAAGGUCAUCAGCGGCACGCUCACAGAGGUCAUUCACAUGGCAUUGGGAUUGUAUGGACUGCACGAUAGCCUCACACCCAGAUUGGCUGUGAGCGCAUUCCCACUUUAUGUGCUGAUGGGGCUGCUAAAUUUUAUUCUAGCCCAAUUUUAUUUUGCUUUGCUAAAUGUUCACGGAAACUACCUUCUCAUCAAUCAGGAUCUGCGUUCGAUUGUGGCUGAAACACACUUGCUGGAGAUGGAUCAUUGCCAAAGGUUAAGACAGGUCAAAAGCCUUGCACUGGCCACUCGCUUGUACAGUCUGGCCAGAUUUCAGUCCCAGUUGCAGAACCUUGUAGAGCGCAUGACGAAAAUCUUUGGAUUGCAGACACUUUGCAUGUGCAUAAUAUUUACCAUAACUAUGAUUUCUGGUGUUUACUACAGCUUCUCUGCCUUUAAAUACGGCAUAUUGAACAUCAACUGGUCCAGCUGGUAUAAUCUGUUAGUCCUGUGCGGUGUCAUUAGCUACAUCGUGGAUUCCCAUGUAACACACUCUAUUACAAGCUAUGUACAGGACAGGCAUGCUGAAACCGUGCAGCUUGUCGCGCAAUAUUCAACAUUUGGGCAGUCUCUCGAUGAGCGCCUCGUGAUUGCAUUUGAGAGCUUUCAAAUAGAGCUAAUACGCAAUCCUCUAAAACUCUCAGUAAUGGGUCUAUUUAAUCUGGAUCGUCGUAAUGCGAUAGCAAUGCUCGGCUCCAUGAUAUCAUAUUCACUAAUUCUCAUACAAUAUGAUAUAAAA